AUGUCAGCUCUUCUCUUUCUUCUUCUAAGUCUGACAAUUCAUACCAGAGCCGAGGUUAUAACCCUAACCGCUGACACCUUCUCCGACAAGGUGAAGGAGAAAGAUACUGCAUGGUUUGUGAAAUUUUGUGUACCAUGGUGUAAACAUUGUAAGAAUUUAGGGUCAUUGUGGGAGGACCUUGGGAAGGUAAUUGAAGGCGAAGAUGAAAUAGAGAUUGGGGAAGUUGAUUGCAGCACAAGUAAACCAGUAUGUUCAAAAGUUGAUAUUCAUUCAUAUCCUACGUUUAAGCUAUUCUAUGAUGGAGAAGAAGUUGCAAAAUAUCAGGGGCCGAGGGAUGUUGAAUCACUUAAGACUUUUGUCUUAGAAGAAGCUGAAAAGGCAGCUACAAAGUCACAGCUUGACAGUGAUAAAGAAUUGUGA